AUAAAACCCCGACCGAGCGAGGCCAGCGUGCUGCCCUGAGCUGGACUCUACACGUUCCCUCUGUCAGGACGCCUUUGGAAAGGUCACGGACGAGCCUCCAACAUGAACGACAUCUAUAAGGCGGCGGUUGAACAGCUGACUGAUGAACAGAAAAAUGAGUUCAAAGCUGCUUUUGACAUCUUUGUACAAGAUGCAGAGGACGGCUGCAUCAGCACCAAAGAGCUGGGAAAGGUGAUGAGGAUGCUGGGCCAGAACCCCACGCCGGAGGAGCUGCAGGAAAUGAUUGACGAGGUGGAUGAAGACGGGAGUGGCACGGUGGACUUUGAGGAGUUCCUGGUCAUGAUGGUGAGGUGUAUGAAGGAUGACAGCAAAGGGAAGUCAGAGGAGGAACUGGCAGAGCUGUUUCGCAUGUUUGACAAAAACGCAGAUGGUUACAUUGACCUGGAAGAACUGAAAAUCAUGCUGGAGUCUACAGGGGAAGUGAUCACUGAGGAUGACAUAGAAGAACUGAUGAAAGACGGAGACAAGAACAAUGACGGCAAAAUUGAUUACGAUGAGUUCUUGGAGUUCAUGAAAGGAGUGGAGUAACCCUGAGUGACUAAAGAUCCACAGCGAUAGUAUUAAUUUUGUAUUUAUGUGACUCCAUAUGUCAUCUGUGGAAACCCGGAAGCUGAUUUUUGACACAGUUUACAGAACUAUGGGAUGACUUUGCAAGAUUUAUCUGUUAAUUGUACUUUUCUUCCAUCUCUUGCACUGUUGUAAAUACAGUUUAUAAGUAAUUGUAGUUCCUGAGUAUACUAGAUUUGUGUAAAUGUAUCAAAAUGACUCAAUUUUCUGCAAAGAAUUAAUUCUAGACCAGUGUGACUGCUGUGAAUAUCAAUUUAUAUUUGCAAUUAUAUAACAUCACUCGAGUACUGCAGCCAGAUCGCACAUCAGAGGCUUAUAUUGCUUUCAUCUGAGUAGAAAGUACACGUGUGCACAAUGCAAGGCAGAUCCGUGAGUCAACACAAUUUUAAACUCUAGCAAAAGCAGUGUACUGGAUCUUUACAGGAUACAUGUUAUGAUCUGCCCGCUGCAUAUGUUUCUGUGUGUUUCACACCCUCACAACUUUGUAUUCCACUCUCCCCUGAAAAAUAGUCCUGCAUAAAAAGGAAUUCAUUAUUUACCAAGAAUAAACAAGAUGCAAUUGUUC